AUGAAGCUAACAGAUCUGCUCGCCCUAGCUGGCGCUCUACCUCUCGUAUCAGCUGUGCCAUCAUGGCUCCCAGUCAACCGACGUCAGGCCGGCCCGACAAUUACGGUUGACUUGUCGAAGACGUAUCAGACGAUUGACGGGUUCGGCUGCAGCUUCGCUUUCCAGCGGGCUAACCUAAUCACCAACAUGUCUGACAAAAUCAAGCAGCGCGAGCUCCUAGACUUACUCUUCAACACGACGUCUGGUGCCGGUCUGUCCAUCAUUCGCAACGGCAUCGGGUCCAGCCCGGACAGCAGCUCCGACCACAUGAACACGUUCGCGCCCAAGGACCCCGGUGGCCCGACGGCUACUCCUAACUAUACCUGGGACGGCAAGGACUCCGGUCAACUAUGGCUCUCUAAGGAGGCGUACGACGCGUACGGCGUGCGCCAGAUCUACGGCGAUGCUUGGAGCGCCCCUGGAUACAUGAAGACGAAUGGUAACGAGGUCAACGGCGGCACGCUGUGCGGUGUUAGCGGGACGAAUUGCCGGAGUGGCGAUUGGAGGCAGGCGUAUGCGGACUACUUGGUCCAAUACGUCAAGUACUACGCCGAAGCUGGCGUCCCAGUUACUCGAAUCGGGUUUCUCAACGAACCCGAGUUCACCACGAGCUAUGCAUCGAUGAACUCAAACGGAGCGCAAGCGGCCGACUUCAUUAAGAUCCUAUACGCUACAAUCGAGGCCGCGAACCUUACAUCGCAGGUAGGUAUCGGGUGCUGCGAGUCGGAGGGCUGGGGAAACCAAGUGAAUAUGGUCAACGCGAUCAAGUCCGCCAACGCAGAGGGAAUGCUCGCCAUGGUUACAUCCCAUACUUAUACAGGCGGGCCAUCUGGUCCCAUGAAUACACGUACGUCGCAUCUUCCCUUUCAUUCUUUUGCUCCUACCUCCCGCUCCAACUCUCCAAGCGUCCCCGUCUGGCUCUCCGAGCAAUGCGACCUACAAGGGCAAUGGACAUCAGCAUGGUACCAAGGCGGCGGCGCAGGUGAAGGGCUCACCUGGGCCAACAACAUCUACAACGCGCUCGUGAACUCCAACGUAUCGGGGUACCUCUACUGGGAAGGAGUGCAAUGGCCAUCCCCCAACACAAACGAGAAGAUGAUCCGCGUGGACCAGCAAUCGCCAUACAACUACGAAGUCUCGAAACGGCUGUGGGCCUUCGCCAACUGGUCGCGCUUCGUGCGGCCCGGCGCUCUCCGCGUCGCGAGUAGCGGUGGCACCGGCGUCAAGAGCGCUGCUUUCAAGAAUGUUGAUGGGAGUAUUGCGGUUGUGGUUAUUAGCACGGGGGGCUCGGCGAGUAGUGUUAGUAUUAAGGUCACUGGGGCUAAUGCGACUGCGGCGACGGGCUGGGUCACUGAUACCACCCAUAACUGCGCGGCGAUCAAUGUUACGGUCGCUGAUGGGACGAUUAGCGGCAGCGUUGCUGCGCGGUCUAUCACGACGUUCCAUAUCCCGGCACCGCCUGCGCCUCUGGCUGCUAAGAGCGAGGUAAGUAGGCGGGGUUGGCGGUUCGUAUGA